AUGGUGCUGUACGUCAUAGGCCUAGGCCUGGCAGAUGAGAAGGACAUCACCCUUCGCGGCUUGGAAGCCAUCCGAUCCUCCUCUCGCGUCUAUCUGGAGGCCUACACCUCGAUCCUCAUGCUCUCCGACACGAGCGCACUGGAGAAGUUGUGGGGGAAAUCGGUCAUCCUGGCGCAUCGAGAGACGGUAGAGCUGGAGGCGGACGACAUCAUCCGAGACUGCAAAGAUGGCAAUGUCAGUUUUUGCGUAGUCGGCGAUCCGCUUUCAGCAACCACGCACACCGACUUGAUCCUUCGCGCAAAAGCUUCGGGAGCGACUGUGCGAGUGGUGCACAAUGCCAGCAUCAUGACGGCCAUUGCGAGUUCGGGCUUGCAACCUUACAACUUUGGACAGACUGUCAGCGUGCCUUUUGCUCAGGUGGACAGUUGGUUGCCCAGAAUCGCAGAGAACCUUCAGCAUGGCAUGCACACCUUGGUCCUGGGCGACAUCAAGGUGAGAGAACAGAGCGAAGAGGAUAUGGCCAGGUGAGCAGCCGAGGCGUCGAAGCAUGCACCACAAUCGCAGAGCAUCCUGACAGUCCUCUUUGCCUUGCAAACCGUCUGCGCUUCAGGGGCAUCCAAAGGUACCAACCACCUCGCUACAUGCUCAUCCCUCAGCUCAUCGAAAAGCUACUCUCGGCUUCUGAAGCGCAUUCACAAGGUCUGGCAACCUCUUCCCUUCCCGUCGCUCCCAUUUUGAACGCGCAAAGCACUCUGGCGGUAGCGCUGUGCAGAAUGGGGGCGGAAAGCGAGGGCAUCUUUGCCGGUACGCUAGCUGAGCUGCUCGCGUUGGCCGCAGCUACGCCAGAAGAAGCACGAGCAGAGGAAGAGAUGGACGAUGCGGACGAGCUGGCUUCGGAGGCGGAGCUGGACAAGCGAAGAGCGCAGAGAGCGGAAGAGAGGGCUCAUACAGCGUUUGGAGCACCACUGCAUAGCUUGGUCAUUGUUGGGAGCAGAAUACACGAUAUGGAAGCGCGCUAUGCUGGCCAAUACAAAGUAAAGGGGAGCAGAUGGGAUGAUGUGGCUCGGGAGGUGUAUGGCUGUCGAGAUUGA